GUCGCAGUUCGUCGCAGUAGUCAGUCGCAGUGACACUCGAGAGCGAGAGGUAGCCGUAACGCGUCUGUCUGUUUUUUCAACUCUGUAACACGACAUUUAAGACACAUUGUAUUGUCAGUCAGUUUUUAGUCUCGCGCCAACACUCGGUUGUAAUACAUUACAAUUAUUAUUAUUAUUAUUGAUAUUAAUAUUAAUAAAAUAAAUACUUACUAAAGCAACAUUACUAGUGAUACCGAAUUGAUAAUAUAAUAUUCCAUAAUCCAAUAAAGUAAAAGUACAUAUAUAAUUACUAGUAUUAUCAUUGCUAGUAAUAACCAACAACAGCAUUUGUCUAGACCACUUGGUACGCGUGUAGAAAUAUUAUUCAACAAAUUAUUACGAAUACACGCGAGUGUGCUAGAUAACAAAAAGUAAUUUUAAAAAAAGUGUAUUAUUUUAUUUGUUGCAAGAAAAUUUUUUUAUGACGAUACUGAAGUCUUGAACAAAGAAGAAAGUGGUUUUAAAAAAAUCUUAAAUCAUUGGCAAUCGUUACUUGGUACUGAGUAAAAGAGUAAAAAGCUACAAAAUCUCAAGGACUCGAGCCUUUGCUACCAACUCACUUAUAAAAAAAAAAAUUUGAUAAUUUGAAAUUUGAAUAAUUUAUUUUUGUACGAAAACUUGGCUGGGUUUUUAGUUUUUAAUACUCAGCAUAAAUCGUGGGAGCAGAAAUCCUUUGUGUGAGAAUUUAAAAAAUCUACAGGUAUUUGUAAUACGUAAUAACGCUCAAUUGUUUAAUUAUCAGACGACAAAUUAAAACGUGUCAGUGAUUUAAAAUUAUAAACGAUAAUUGCAUUGAUAUCGAUAUUGAUAUUUUAGAGUGAUUGAAGGUGUGGAUAAUUAGUUGGUAUAUUUGUCGAAUAAGAAGCGUGGAAACAAGAUGCCGACAAGUUUAUUCAGCGACAUAGAUCGCAGCGUGAGCGCUGGUGCUGGUACUCUGGAGGAACAACGUGCCCUCCAACUGGCCUUUGAGCUGUCGAUGCUGAGUCUCGAGGGCACCCAGGGCUGCACGGGGAACGGAGGCUCCGGCCCCGGGAACGGAAAUUCAAACGACCCGAGUGAUCUGCAGGCGACUCCGUCUAGCGUCUUUGAGGAGGCGAGGUCCAAGAAGAGCCAGAACAUGACCGAGUGCGUUCCCGUGCCCAGCAGCGAGCACGUGGCUGAGAUCGUUGGCCGCCAAGGUUGCAAGAUAAAAGCACUCCGUGCUAAAACCAACACCUACAUAAAGACUCCAGUACGCGGAGAGGAGCCAGUGUUCGUGGUGACCGGACGCAAGGAAGAUGUAGCCCGUGCAAAACGCGAGAUUCUGUCAGCAGCUGAACACUUUUCACAGAUUCGGGCUUCACGUAAGAGUUCAUUGGGCGCACUACUGGGAACACCACCGGGUCCACCAACAUCAGUGCCCGGCCACGUGACUAUUCAGGUACGCGUGCCAUACAGAGUUGUUGGUUUGGUAGUUGGCCCAAAAGGUGCGACAAUCAAGAGGAUCCAGCACCAGACCCACACCUACAUCGUCACACCCAGUCGCGAUAAGGAGCCAGUCUUCGAAGUUACCGGUUUGCCAGAGAACGUCGAGGCCGCGAGACGUGAAAUAGAAGCUCACAUUGCACUCCGCACAGGUUCAACCAGCGGACCGGGUGGUCUCGUAGGGGACGAAGUUGAUUUGCUUGGGGCUCUGUGUCGCGGCGGACUAGGGUCAAUCCUCGGCAAUUUGGAUCCACCUGGGUCCAAUGGGUCAAACGGUUCCACCAGUGGCGCUUUCUCUAGCAGCGGAAGCUGCAGCAGUUCAUCAAGCAGCUCCGGAGCACCCGGACUCAACGACCUCGUGGCCAUCUGGGGCGCGGGCAUCGACCGCGACGAAGGACUUGGAGACUCACCGUCAUUUGAAUCUCAGACAGCAUCUGCCUCAUCAAUAUGGUCAUUCCCGGGAGUAACACUACCAUCCCGACCAUCGCCACCGGCUUCAGCGAGCCCUGCAAGCCCCACGGAUUCACUACUCGGCACUGGAAGUGCUGGUGGACGUCGCGAGUGUGUCGUCUGCGGAGACAAAGAAGUUACCGCAGCUUUGGUACCAUGCGGUCACAAUUUGUUCUGUCUUGACUGCGGGAAUCGCGUUUGCGAAAGUUCCGAUCCCAGUUGUCCUGUCUGCUCGCGACCUGUUCUCCAGGCGCUAAGAAUUCUGUCUUAAGAUGCUUCAUCCUAAACUAUCUUCAGACUAUUUAAAACUUAAUGAUGAUGAUGAUGAUAAUGAUGAUUAUUAUUAAAAAAAAAAAUAAAAAGGAGACGAUUGUAAGGAUAACAUGAAGAACGAUUUAAAUUAUCGAGAAGAGAAACCAACUUCGAGGGACCCUUGAGUCUGGAAAGACGCGCACAAGAUUUAAAUUCCACUGCUGCUGCCAAUAUUUAUUAACAAAAAAAAAAAAUUAAAAAAAAAUAUGAAAACAAAGAUUUUAAAACACACAUUUAAUUAAAUUUAAUUACAUACAUAUUUAAAAAACUUAAAAUUUAACUACACAAAGAAUUUUAUGAAUAUUAAUUACAUUUAAAAAAAUAAUAAUAAUACUAAUGACAAACAAACAAACAAAAAAAAAAAUUAAAUAAUAAUGAAUAAAUAUAACCGGGGAUUUUGAUGCGUUCAACGCUCGCUGAUUCCCGCGCCAACCGGAUACAACGAAUCGAUUAAAUAUGCUGUAGGUGUAGACUCCCCGACUCGCGGCGCGUCUCCUAUCGCCAGCUUUCUCGCAACACUUAAAUCUCACAUGAUAAUAACAAUAAUUACUAACAAAUAAUUAUUAUUAUCACACAGAAAAAAAGGAUUUCUUGGCGCAAAAAAUUUUUUCUUGUUCUAAGAAAAUUUUUACUUGACCCAAUAAAUUUUUUGUCUUACAAAGUGAAAACAAAACUUUUCUUGGGAUAAGAAAAAAUUUUAUCGGAACAAGAAAAAAAUUAUUUAGGCGAGAAAAAAAUUCUUGAGCCAAGAAAAAUUUUUGUCUUCAAUUCAUAAUACAAAAUAUUUCUUGCGCCAAGAAAUUCUUUUUUUCAGUGCAUAAAUACUUAGCAUUUAAAAAAAAAAUUUUUUUGAAAACCGUUGAGUGAAUUCGAUAAAAUUAAAAAUAUAAAUGCAGCCAACAGAUUUAAAAUUAUUCCAUUAAAGUCUAAGACUUGACGAUUAUUUAUUUAUUAUUUUAAUUAAAAAUUUCGAGUUAAUAAAUAAUUGUUUGGUCUUAUUCUUUGUAAACAAACUAGUCGCGCCGUGAAUCCUUUUUAAUGAGAUUUAUAUGUAAUAAUUAAUCCUCGUAGAUCUGUGUGUGUGUCAAGUUCGCCAAUUUAGUGAAUGAGUUUAAAAACAACAAAUAUAUAUAUGUGUAUAUACAUAUAAAUAUAUGUAUAUGUAUAUAUAUAUUAAUAAUGAUAAAAUAAUUAUUAUUAUUGAUAAUAAUCAUAAUGAUAAUUUUUUAUAAUUUAAAUAAAAUGAGAUUAGGAACAAGUGUUGUGGUAUAUAUAUAUAUUUAACGAUUUUUAGAAGUCAUUAAAAUGAGUAAUAUAUAAAUUAAAAUAAAUAAUUAUUUAGAUUUUAACGCAACCCCUCGAGUCGCCGGCUCGCUGAGUGAUUAAAAGAAAUUUUUUUUUUAUAAUUAAAUUUAAAUUUAUAACAAAUUGAUCACUAAAAUAAAUAUAAAAAAAGAAAUCAAUAAAUAAUUUAUAGCUCAAACGGCGCGAAAUCUUUUACCGGACAUCCCUCGCUUAGAGUAUUAUCUUUACCUUUAUAUAUAUAUAUUUAAUAAGCGAUAGCAAUUUAAAUAAUAUAUUAAAUAUAUAUAAUUAAAAAAAAUAUAAACAUAAAUAUAAAUAGAUAACAAAUAUAUUAUUAUAUAUAUAUAUAAAAAAAUAAAAAAAAUAAAAAAAAAAAACAAAUAUAAAUAUAAAUAUAAAUAUAUGAAUAUUUUAUCGAGAAUUUAGAUUUUGUAUUUUUCGCGUGACGGGAUGACCGGCGGAAGUUACACAGCCGAUUAUAUAUAUAUAUAUUUUAUUUAUGAAUAAAUUCGGGGGGUGGGGGGCGGAUGUUUAUGAAAUUCGGGGGUGAGAAAAGUUAAGGCCGCGGGGUUGCGGUUUUUUAUUAUUAUUAUUAUUAUUUUAACUUGAAUAUAUAUUUAAUUAUCAGUUGAUAUAAAUAAAUAUACAUUCGAUAUUAAAAAAAAAAUAUAUAUAUAUAAAAUUUUUAAGCAAUUGCUCCGCGCCGUCUUAUCCCUAUUAUUUAAAUUAAAAUAAUCAUAUAUUAUUAUAAUUUUUAGUUUAAUAUAACAAUAUUUUGAUACAUUUUAAUUCAAGUAAUUGAUAUUUUAUGAUAAUAUAUGAUUGAUUAAUUUGAUUAUUAUUUUUUUUUAAAACGCAAACGUCUUUUGCUUUAUUUUCAUUUUGAGAGACAUUUAUAUUAAAUAUUUAACAUAUUACCAUAUAUAUGUAUAUGUAUAUGGAUAUAAAAUAUUAAUAGAGAAGAAACAGAAAGAAAGACUUUACACUCUCUCUUUAUUAUUCAUAAAAUAAAAAAUAAAAAUAAUAAAAAUAAAAAUGAAAAUUAAGAGAGACCAAAGCUGAUUUCGUGAAAAGAGGAAAAUUCCCGCAGGUUUUUUUUUUUUUAAUUAAUAUUAAUUUAACCGGGCUCUUUUUCCGAAAUCCGGGGGUUUUAACUUUUUAUUUUAUUUUUAAAAAUCAUUAUUUCCAAAUAAUUACGAAUAAAAAAAAAAAAGAAAAGAAAAUGUGAGAUACGGAUUUAGAAUACCCCCACCUGUGAUUACCAUUUUUCAUUACACGUCUUUUUUUUUUUUCUAUAUUUUAUUUAAUUUAUAAUUUUCUAUUACAUUUAUAUAUUUUUUUAAAAUCAUGUACAGCCAACGUUGUCAGACGUGAGUUAUUUGUCAUUUAAAUUUAUAAAAUUAUUAUUAUUAUUAUUACUAUUAUUAUUAUUAUUAUUAUUAUUAUUAUUAUUAUUUUCUUGUCAAUCGUUGCCAUUUGUUAAAAUUAAAUAAUAAUGAGAGAGAAUUUUUUUUAAAAAUAAUAAUAAUUAGUAAGACGAGAUAUAUAAAUAUAUAUGUGCUCAAAUAUCUUUUAUCUUGAUUAUAAAAAUAAUAAUAAAUAAAAAAAAAAAAUAAGCCAACGUGCUGAGACCCACCGGUGCGAGCGAGUUUAAAUAGUAAUAAUUAAUUAUUAUUUAAAAAAGUAUAAAGACAGUGUGUUAUUUUAUAAUUAUUAUUUUUCUGUAAUUUUUUUUUAUUAUUAUUAUUUUAAAUAGUUUAUAUUUUUUUUGUCAUAUUUUAUAUUGAGUAUUUAGAUUAAUCCGUAGCGCGAGAGGUCAGAAAAUGUCUCACCCGUAAGCAAAAAAAUAAAAAAUUAAUUAAUUAAUUAAUUAAUUAAUUAAAUAAAUAAAUGCUUUUUCACAUAUAUAUUUUAAUAUAAUAUUUAUACGUUCGUUAACAAAUAUUGGUCCGCACUUAAAGUAUAUUAUUAAUAUAUAUAUAAACAAAAGUCAAAAAAAAAAAUUAAAAAAACAAAAUAACAAAAAAAAUUAAGAGUUAUAUUUUAAGUUCGAUGGCAACAAAUUAUAUAUUUUUUCUACGUUAAUGUAAAUGUGAAAUAAAAAAAAAAAAUUAAAAUUACGGUGAUGACGAUAUUUGUAAGUUAAUCUCCAGUUCCGAUUUAAAAACAAUAAUUAAAAAUAAACUAAUAUUUAAAAAUUAAUUUUUUUUUACGUCUCUGCACUUCAUAAGUCUGAUAGAAAAAAAAAAUGUUUUUUAAAAAUUAUCAACGGAAUAGAGCGGGCGAAAUUAUGAAUUAAAAAAGAGAAUGAUCUCGAGCGCGUUUACGUGAGUGAUUGGAGGUACGACAGGAUUUAAAUUCUCAAUGGAUAUUAAUAUAUUAAUAGUAUGAAUGGUGUUUAAUAAAAAUGAUUAAUCUAUAUAUAUAUAUAUAUAUAUAUAUUUAUAUGUAUUUAAAAAAAAAGGCGCGGAAUCUCUUUUUUUAAAUUAUUUUUUUAGAGUAACUUUAAGUUGAGCGAGUCUUUGACUGUCUCAGGUGCGAGCGGUUGCCGUUUUUUACUUUAUUUUUUUUUUGCUAAAGACUUAAGCAUUUAAAAUUCAGGGUUUCAUUAAUUCAUAUAAAUUUAUAAAAUAUUAAAAUAUAUAACUAAAUAAAUAAACUAAGGCGUAGUAUUUAAAGGAGCUUUUGAUUUAGACUCGAUGUCGAGAACCUCCGCUAGACAUGGAGGACUCUGAUUAAUUUUUAACGAGUUUCUUAAUCAUAAAUAUUAAUUAAUAAUGAUAAUAAAUUUAAUAGUAAUAAAGAAAAAAAAAAAAAAAGUAAAUAAAUAGCCUUCACUUUGGCCGAGGUUCUGACAGUCUCCCUUACUAUUUAUUUUGAUAUUAAAAUUGAUGUUUAUUCAAAUGCAAAUGCAAUUCUCACCUUCGAGUCUCGUUAAUAAAAAUCAUAAAAAUAAUAAUUAAAUAAUAAGCGCAAUAAUUAUGGAGAUGAGGGACUAAAAAUAAUAAACCCGCUGUGACCCUUUGACAUACUAUUUAUUAUAGGAAAAAAAAUAAAAAACAAAAAAAAAAAAUUAAAAAAAAAAAAAAGUUGAAAAAAAAAUUAAUUAUAAAGUAAAUAAUAAUUAAUAAGCUUACGUAAGGCAUUAAGCGUAAUAUUUAUAGCCAUUGGCUGUGACCGAUAACUGCCAUUUUUCGUAUAAAAAAAAAAAAAAAUGAAAGAAAAAAAUAAAAAAAUAAUAAUGAAAAAAUAAAAAACAUGACAAAUUGAGUAGACGCGCGAGAAUUUGACCAGUGAUAUAUAUCGGGGAUUUAAAAAAAAAAAAAACAAGGGAUUGAGUUUUAGCUCAAGCUUGCGCGUAGAUGAGUUUUUUCAGUAUAGCAGCAGUAAUUGUGGAUAAGAUUAUUAAUUAAUAAUAAUAAUAAAAUUAAGUAAUAAAUAAAUAAUAAAAAGUCUGAGGGAUGCAGAGAGUGAGAAUAGCAAUUGUCAGCCUCCCGAUCAAAUCCCAUUUUUUUCUACCCACUGAUUUACUCCCGCGUAAAAAUAUA